AUGUAUUUCUCUGUGAGCUCAACAAUGAGAGCGCUGCUAUAUCUGGCGGCUUUGCUCAUCUUCUCUGUUGUAAUGGUCCAGUCCUCGGAGGACGGGGGCGAGAUAUACACAGCAUGUAAUGUGGAGAAGUACUCCAACGGCUCCCAAUUUAAUACCAAUCUGGAGGCACUCUUGAAAACUCUGACAGAGAAAGCAGCCUACGCUGGCUUUGGCGCUUCUGUUUAUGGUCAGGAAACGCCGAACGAGGUGUCUGGGCGCCUCCAGUGCAGAGGAGACUUGUCUCCUGCCGACUGCCAGGCUUGCUCAGUGGAGGCAGUGAAUGUCGUCCAACGCGACUGCCCAAACGCCAUUGGCGCCCGUGUUCAGCUGGAGCAUUGCUUCCUUCGCUACGAGAAUUACACCUUUCUCUCGGCUUUAGACACUAACCGCUGGUAUGACCUCGUCAACGUGAAUAACAAUACGGACAUUUACUUUAAUGCUGCCAUCAGGAAUCUGUUGGCAGAUCUGUCGAGCAGGGCUCCCGCAAGUCCUAUCAAGUUCGCCCUGGGCUCCUCGGUUCUUUCUUCGAGUUUGAGCAUCUACGGCAUGGAGAUGUGCUGGCGAGAUAUGUCAAAGGGUGACUGCGCAAGCUGCCUGUCGAAGGGAUAUGAAGAGGUCUUGAGCAUCUCUAGCCAAAGAAUGGGUGCUCAGGUUUUCAUGGGCAGCUGUACUCUGCGCUAUGAAAUAUAUCCCUUCGCCGAGCACUAUUAG